AAACUGCAUCUAAAGAAAUGUAUAUAAGUUUUGUGCUAAGAAAUAACUCUUGACACUGUUUUGUUGUUACUCACCACACACACAGAAACUUCCUCUCAUAAAUCAAAUGGAUACUACAGAAAAAUCAUCUCCUUCUAAACCUAACAACAACGACAAUGAAGAACAAGAAGAAGAAGAAGAAGACGAAGAAUACGAAGAAAUCGACGAAGAAGAAGAAGAAUUGAAUCAACAAAUUCCCCAAUCAACAGAAUCAAAAUUACGCAACCAACGUUUCAAAGUACAAACCCUAUCUCGUCGAUUAUCAUCAGAACUAGUUCCGAUUCGAGUCCACGAUGUAAUAAUCAACGGAAACACCAAAACAAAGGAUUGGAUAAUCGAAGCUGAACUUGAUGGAAUUGAAAAAGCUACUACAAUGCAAGAACUCAUGCAAGCUUGUCAAAUCGCUAUUGCAAAACUUCAAGGUCUUGAAAUCUUUGAUUCGUGUAAGGUUAAACUUGAAGCUGGACCGAUUGAAUUGCCAGAUACUGCUAAUGUUAUUAUUGAUGUUGUUGAAACGGAGAAUAAGCUUUCUGGUGCAUUUGGUGUUUAUACCAAACCUUCUACUAAUACAUGGACUUCUGAAGGAACUGUUAAGUAUAAGAAUGUUUUUGGUUAUGGUGAUCUAUGGGAUGCUUCUUUGGCCUAUGGUGGCAACCAGGCAACAGAGGUUAGCUUAGGGGUGUAUGCCCCUCGCGUGAAAGGAUUUUUAACUCCUCUUCUGGCACGAAUUUUCAUGUCUUCUCAAGACUGGCAGGACUUUUCUUCAUACAAAGAGAAAUUGAUGGGAAUGUCUCUUGACUUGAUAUCGACAAAGCACCAGGACUUAGUAUACACUCUUGGAUGGCGUACCUUAACAGAUCCAUCACAAAUGGCAUCCAGGUCUACAAGGAGGCAGCUUGGCCAUGGGUUACUGUCGUCUUUGAAAUAUACUUUUAAGUUUGAUAGGAGAGAUUCGCCUUUUAGGCCUACAAAAGGAUAUGCUUUUGUUUCUACCACUCGCCUUGGUGGUCUUACUCCGGAUAACCGGAGCUUGCGGUUUCUGCGCCAGGAGUUUGAUGUUCGCCUUGCUGUCCCUUUUGGAUUUUAUAAUACAGCAUUGAACCUUGGCAUAUCUGCUGGUGUUGUUUUUCCAUGGGGGAAAGGGUUCAGGACCAAGCCAUCUCCACUCCCUGAAAGGUUUUAUUUGGGUGGCGAAUUCUCUCCAGUUUGCACCCUAGGAGGACCAACAACAUUAUGGGGAUUCAAAACUAGGGGAGUAGGUCCUACUGAACCACGGAGGCAAAGAAGGGAUGAAGAAAAUGAUGGCACACAUGACUUCAUUGGAGGAGAUCUUUCUGUUACUGCUUUUGCAGACCUCUCUUUUGAUCUUCCUAUUAGGUGGUUGAGAGACCAAGGAAUACAUGCACACAUUUUUGCUGGUUCUGGGAAUGUUGCUAAAUUAACUCAGGACGAAUACAAACAUUUUUCUCCUCGGAAGUUCUUGGACUCCUUUCGGUUGUCCGCCGGAUGUGGAAUUGUUAUUCCUACUAGACUCUUCCGCCUAGAGGCUAACUACGUCCACCUGCUUAGGAGGGAUGAGCAUGAUCGUGGGAAGACUGGAUUUAGGUUCAGUUUCUCAGCUCCUUUUUAGCAGCUUAGUUCUCAUUCUUUUUUCUUAUUAUGUAGCUCUUGAAGCAUUAAAUAUUUUUUUAUUGUCACUGCAUGGUAGGUACUAUAUUUUCAUUUUCUUCUCGUUUUAAUUUAAAUUCAGACAAAAUUAAGAGAGAGCAUUCUUUUAUGAUGCUUCGGGAAACAUUCGUAGGAAUAUGGUAUUAAAAGGGAUUGAAUUCUCUACAUUGACACGAGAGAAUAGUGAAUGAUUAUUUUGUUUUAUUUUUCAAUGUUUUAGUUACAAUUAGACUUGAUUACAUACUAAAAUUAGAGUAAUGUGUCAA